CAGGCAAUCAGCGACAGAGCGGCUGGAAGUGCGAUGCUCUUCGCCGCUGCUGUCAUCUUCGUAUAUUAUACCACUUGGGCUGUCCUUCUACCAUUUUUCGACGCUUCUAGUCCUAUCCACGGUUACUUUCCCUCCAGGGAAUGGGCAAUUCGCAUUCCAGCAUUCAUUGUGGUACUCGGCCUAUCUGCCAUCGGUCUCUUCUUGGGAAUCAGCAUAAUUCAUACGCACGUAGAGAGGGGCUUCAAGACGCGCCAGCGAUCUGACUCGCCACGAGAGAAAUCUCAAUAA